AAUAGAACAAAUUUCAAAAAUUACAUUUUAUAAUAUUUUUUUAGAUUUACCUUUAGAAUCUAUAACGCAAAAUACAUUCACUUAUAAUGGUUUAGAUAAAACAAAUUAUUUUGACGACAUAAUUAAUAUACGAGUUAAAGCAGCGAGCGACCAAGAAAGUAAAUCAACUUUCAAUUCACAAGAAAGUAAAAAGGUAGAUCCAUUAUUAGAAAAUCUACUUGGAAGUAUCACUACAGAAAAUUUUCCAUCAAUUGAAAAUAUACACAACAAUUAUCUAAACCACGAUACAGAGAAGGAGGUGGAGGCUAUAAGUGAUAUUUACAAGACAAAUAUAAAAAAGAUACAACCAAAUAAAUAUAGCUACAAGCUGAUUCUGUACAAUGAUAAUAAGAAAGAAAAUGAAUUAAGAAACAUGGAUCCCAGGAAUGGGAAUCAGCAAGUAUUGUCAAAAAGAGCGAAGUCCAGAAAUAUAUUUACGCAUCGCAAAGUUACAGAGAAAACUGUACCAUACAUAAAUACUAAAGGAAGUCAUAGAACCAAUAGUAGUAAAUUACAGAAACCCCAUCCCUCGAAUAAUGUUAAAAAACAGAAGAAACCUAAAAAACUUCCAACUACAAAAGUACAAAAACAACAGCAGAAAGCCCACCCUGAUCAUUUCUUUACAACACCUUUGCCGAUGUCAGACAACGAAUUUAAUAAGUUUCUUGAAGAGAACAACAUUGAUGUUCAAUCCGUUACUGCCUCAUUGCCGAAUUAUAUUCCCUUUUCUACACAUGUGAUGCACAUUGUAUCAAAGUUGAAGCCAUACAAGAAUAAUAUAGAAAAUAUAAGUAAGACAAAAAAUAGAAAACAUGGAAUGAAGCAAAAUAAUUAUAAUUUUUAUAUACAACGUCAAAGGAAGAAAAGGGAUAAGAUUUCGAAAAAAAAUAAAUCACUAAAGUUGAGUGCAAAACCAGUUUUAGAACAAGAAAUAACAUUUACACCAAAAAAUAAAAUAUUUAUAAAAAACUAUAGCGAUGUGAAACGAAGUAUAAAAGAAUAUCAGAGCUUUACUGCGCACGAUGUAGCUGCUUUAGAAAUAAUUGUUGACUUAAAAAAAUGUUCAGAUUUAAAUGAAAAUGAAAAUCAAGGAGCUACAUCUGAACGUACAAUAAACGCGGUCGUUGUAGGUGAAAAACCAAAAAUAACAAAUGCCAUUCAAGUACAUAUAGCUUUACCAGAUUUGUAUAGUGAAACUAUCAAAAGAUCACCAGAGUCACUUCAAGUCAAAAAAGUUUUCUCGGCUAUAAUGGCCUCACCAAUUGAUAUAGCAUAUCAGCUGCACACGUUUGAAAAAACAACAAUUCCUUCCACUACUAUUGAAGAGAAUAAAUUAUCUCCUGGCUUAUAUUUAUUAGUAGAAAACUCAAAUAUGUCUGAUCCUACAGCUCAAUUAAUUUUGAAGCCAAUGAAAAUGGAUGCAAAGAGUUUAAAUCUGGAACUUACAACAAAUGAAAGCCUAUCUGAACCUCAAACAACUACUCCAUAUGCUAAUGAUGACAAAGUUAAUAAUUUUGUAGGAUAUAAAUAUAAAAGAAGUAUUAAUUGGGAUUCAAUAAAAAGACUUUUUGGACACGAUAGAGUUUGUAGGUGUCGCUGCAAAGCAAAUCAGACAAUGUGCAAUGCUUGCGCUGCAAGUGAUGCUGUUAUAUCUGAAUUGAUAUUUGAAUUUGACAAUCUAGCAAAAUACAUGAGAGACCAUUGUACUGAAAUACAAACCUUCUUUUGGAUGAACCCGACAGGUGGUAAAAAAUUAAGGGAAUCAGUUAGUAGGAUUAAUAAGUCCUUAAAUGAUUAUUACAAGAGAGUAAAGGGGAAAUGCAAUGGAAGGACAUGUAAAAUGUUUUCAUCGGGUAUUGACAGAAGAAGCAUUCUUCAUGAAUUUACGGAAUACAAAGACAAUGGUUCACUAACCUUCCUUAUGAAUUUGGUGAAUAUUGCUAACGAUUUAGAAAAUGCUAACGCGUUAGGUUUGUUAUACGAUGAACAGUUUGAAAAACAUGGACAAAUACUUCAAGAUACAAUUGAUAACUGUUUAUCACGAGUGUUAACAAAAAGGUCGGACGUUGAAAAGUUGUAUUCGCUUGAUAAAAUAAAUAUCAAUUUAAUAUGUGAUCCUAGUAUAGAAAGGGGCACAUUAAAUAAGACUGUAUUACACAGUUUAAGAAAUAAAGCAAAAUUAUUGAACAAUGUUGAUUCUAAUAACUUUUUAAAUAAUGAUGUGAUAACCUUUAAAGGAGAGAAAAGAAAACGAUUAAAGGAUUUUGUGAAGCACCGGUUUCCGUCAAAACUAUCAAAGAAAAGUUUUCAGGACAUGGACAGCAACAGUAUACUCUCAAACUUUAAUAAAAAUAAUAAUUCAAUUAAUUUCCGACAACAACGGAAAACAGAACCUGUAGUAAAUGUAUUAUUAUUGAAAAAUGAACCUUCCGACAGUCAAAAUAGAAAUGUAAUACAUGAUACUGUAAGAAGUUUGACCACAGUAAAGCAAUAUAAUUUUAGCAAUCACGAAUCACUAGUACAUAGCAUGGGAAAAUUAUUUAAAUUACUAGGCAAUCCUGAUAUUAAGGCCUUUACUUCCAGUCAUAAGAAUAAUAAAAGUUCCCCAAAAACUAUACAUAAAUCGUUGUUAACGAAUAAUACUAAACAUGUUACGCGAAAUAAAUCUACCACAAACGUAUUGCACACUACAAAACACAAUAAAUCAAGUAAUGCAUCAAAAGCGAUUUAUAGGACUGAAAAAAAUGAAAUAAUAAAUAGCAUUCUAGGCGUAACAAAGCAUUUUUUGAAUAAAUUAAAAUGUAAAACGGAUGCGACGGAACAUUCUGAACGACAUAUAAGAAAUGUUACCAUAGAUACGUAUAACAGCGAUCCAACUGAUUUGAAUUCACAUAAAAUUUCUAGUGUGACAGAUAGAGAUAAUCCUACAAUAAUAAUAUUGGAUGAAAAUUCGGAGAACGUUGGCGAGUCUAAAAAUGACCAAAUUAAUGAUGAUGAUUUGAGAAGUCUUCUCUUUUCAGUUUUAAAUUAUAACUCUAAAGUUUUAAAUGAUGAGUGGGUUAGAGCAGCUAAUUUAGAAGCGAACGGUGGGAUAGAAAAAAACAACAGGGGCUUAUCCAUCUCUAAGAAGUCAGUGAAUAAUACUAAAAAAGGAUUUGUUAAUAAACUUGCGAAUAAAUUUUUAUGGAGCAGAAUUAACGAUAAGAAGAAAGAACGGUUUCAAGGACACGGCACAUCGACUCCGUUAAAAAAAGUAGAUACAAGUAAUAUGGAUAAAACAACAGAUUUGUCAAAAUUUAUAUCCCUACCUACUUUUAAAACCAAGUCAACAGCAAAGAUCGGCGGGAGAAAAAUAACUGUCUGCGAUAUAUCGUCAACUAUAGGCCAUAUCAUAAAUGCACAGAAGACUCUGACCAAACUGGACUUUGAAACAUAUAUGAAAAAUAUCAAUUGCUACAAAUACAGUGUUGUGCCAGAAAAGUUCUUGAUAAAGUUUAAUAGAAGAAAGAAGCAUUGUAAAAAAGAAGCACUUAGUUCGAGUUACGAGAGAUGGCGAAGGGACUCGAAAAUGGCACUGUAUGAAGAUGAUGAAUUACCUGAGUUGGACGAAAGUGAAGUUCCAGAAGAUAAGCACAUUUACGAACUUCAUGAUAACAAGCAGUUAUUUGAGCGGUUUAUAAGGGAUGAUCAUGGAUUAUAUCAGCAGGCUCCAAGACGGAUGAAGAGACAAAGCGAUAGCACAAUAGACAUGUUAACAAACAUACCACCACUAAAACCAUUAACGGACGAAGUUUUUGCUAUGACCGGUGAUUCUGUAGUUCUUGACUGUUAUCCUCCAGGAUGUAAACAAGAAGGAAAAAAUCAUUUUUGGAUAGCAGACGAUAAUCUUAAUAUUUUAGCCAAUUUAACGAGACUUAAUAUGAAAAAUAUUCGGAAAGCGGACUCGGGAGUCUACGUAUGCUUUAAUAAUGACAAUAUGAUUGUGCGGCGUGUCAAAGUGAGCGUGAUGGAUGUUCCCAAGUUUAAUGUAGUUUUCGCGACGGUAUACGAAACAUCUACGUCAUGCACUUAUAAUGAUUUACGAGCAAUACAAAAAAUAGGAGAACUGAUGAGUCUAAUUACGUGUGGGAAUUUUUGUUCAAUAAGAAUUGAUGAACCAGUAUGCUUGAAAGAUAGGAAAGACGAAUCGUACCUCUUAAGGACUCUAACAGUUAUUUUACCACAAUAUCCAAGUAUAAACUGUAGUAUUGAAUGCCAGAGAAAUUUCAGAAGUUCAAUGUCUGUGUUAUACGCGAAAAAUGCACCCAUUUUGGCUUCAAUACCCGUUGCGAUAAUGCAUUACGGUGGUUCGUUACCAGAAGAAGUGAAAACUUGGACACCAUCAAUGCUAGAACACAAAGCAUUUGUUAGCCAUACACUUCGGACGAGUGACUCCGACGGACACAGUGAAUACCAUUUGUUGGCAGAUACUGACCCUGGGACCAUACAUGUAGUUGUUGCAUGUCCAGCUGGAUUUUUCUUGGUUGCACGUCAGAAAAUUUGCGGUUUAUGCCCAUCAGAUACAUAUUCGAUAGAAGGUGGAAACUCCUGCGUAAGGUGCCCAGAUGGUACCAAGUCAGAACCAGGCUCGGCCUUCUGUCAUUUAUCAUUGGACCGCUUAGCGAGGUCUAUUUGGACCGACAAUCCUUGCGUAUCACUAAAAGCGAUUGGUGUAAUGGCAAUGAUAAUCAUAAUAUUGUAUUAUUUAUACCGUCACUUUGCAAAGUCAGAAAAAAGUUUAAAGAAGUCUAAACAAAAACAAUCGAAAUGUCGUUCGGCUAGAGGCUCAACCGAUUAUGGUACACCACGAAUUUGGAAUAAAAGCGGCCCUCCCCUACCACCACUCGACUUUUAGGUAAAUUUUGGGUUUUAAGUUCGACGCUAGGAAUCCUGGGUAAAAAUAAAUGUUUAAAAAACGUUAUUCAUACUAUGAAACUUUACUCGUUGUACUUUAUCGUUUUCUACUUCAAAACACUUUUAAAACUAACUUUUUUUUAUAAGUCUUUAUCUUGCAAUCAGUCAGCUAGACUAUGAGCAGAUGACGUGUUGAGAGCUGUUAGGCGUUCAGAGCAAAAUCUUCAUCAAGACUGCCCCACUCUGCCAACCGUGUCUAUCAAGACUUAGGAUUUGUCGCCUUUUAAGCCUAUUUAUUAGGUGUGGUUAGUUGCGUGGCAAGCUUAUUAGGAUGCAUUUCUAGCCUUUUUCUGUAUUUCAUACUCCAGGUCUUAAUCUCCUCUUUAACAGUCCUGAUUUUUAGGUGCUCAUUAAUCUCCGAUGUUUUUAUAAACCACGGACAGUUGGAUAUUUGUUUCAAGAUGUAAUUUUGAACCCUCUGUAUGAUACUUAUGUUAGAGUCACACGGCGAACCCCAUAGUUGAAUCCGUAUAUCCAGAUUGGUUUCAAGAGCAUUUCGUAGAUGAGUAGCUUAUUAUCUACUGACAGCUUGGAAUUUCUGCCAAGCAGCCAGUACAGUCCUCUGUAAAACUAAAACUAACUAAACUUAUUUUGAUUGAAUUACCAAAAGUUUCUUUCAUAAUUAUAUUUAAUGAGAACUAAGAAUAGUGCUAAUUAUAUUUUGUGUACUGCAUUUGUCAACUAUAUGUAUGCGUGACUAAACAAUGUUUACCAAUCUUUUCACGAGACCAUUAAUCAAUAUUGUUAUAGAAUUUGGUCAUUAAUUUAAAGAUAAAUUAAUAAAUUGUUUAUUUGAAGGCAUCUUUUGCUAUAGUAUCAAUUUGUAUUAUACAAAAUUUGUAAGCGUUCUAUACUUUUAGAUAUAGGGUAUGUAAGAAAGUGCCGAACAGGUAAUUAUAUUUUUAAGUGGUUUUUCUUUGUCAUAAGUUUAUUUU